ACCUCCUCCUUUUGACUGGCUGGCCAGAGCUGCUCUGCCCCUACUGUGAGUUGGAAGCUGCCCCAAGAGAGUAAGGUACAAGCUGAGAAGGAAGUGAACACACCAAGGGAAGGUGCUGAGAAGCCUGAUGGGGAACUGUCUGCAGAGAGAAAUCGGGUGGCAGCUGAACACUCGGGAGACACAUUGGAAUCUGGGACUCCAAAAUGUCAAGCAGAGGACACUCAGCUAUUUCAGGUGCUGGAGUGGUUGUCACAUUGUUGAAGGGUGUACCUGCUUUCCUUGGAAAAACAUUAGCACAUUUAAAGCCAGACAAGAAUCUCCAAAGCAAAAUGAAGGGAUGACUUCAGCUCCUAUGCAGCAGGACAAUGCUAACCAGAUCUACACAGAAGAGUUAUGCUACAUCCUUGUUGAUCACAAGGCCCCUGGAGGAAGGCCGUCAGGCAGCUCUGCGGAGGAGUUCUAUGAGAACAUCCCCAGCAAGACUGAGAGACACAGAGAGUCGUCAAGGGGGCCAGAGACUGAGUAUUCAGUUCUCCGUUUCCCUUCCACUCCUCACACACCACCUUCCGCAGAAGAUGAAUAUGAACUUCUUGUGCCUAGCAGACUCUCCUGCCAUGCCCCUCAACAGCCACGGCCACUUAGAGCCCCUUUUGAGACUCACUUCUCUCACCUACAAUGAUGUGACUAAGAGUUUGCUCAGCACUGACAGAUCAAAGUAGGUGUUGGGCACUCUGUCUGAUGACAGAUAUGAGUAGGGGUUGGAGACAAUAGUGGAAGCAGAGAUCCUUAGUUUACUUCUUCUUCUGGAGGACCUGGGAAGGGCAGACUCUGCAAAGCUCAAAUCCUUUCAGGGCCUGACAAUAACCAACAUUUAAAAAUUAGUCAAUUGUUUUCAACGUCACCUUUGCUUCUAAGUGGCGUUAAAAAUAUUCUGUGGUAGGAAGGGCUCCCCAUAUCUACACCUGGGUGUACCACAAAAAGCUCUGCUCUUCUCACUAAAUUCUUAUGAAUUAUUCCCACAAGCUUACUCAUCAUGUUACAUGUCCCCGGAGGGAAUUCCCUCAUCACUGUGAAAUUCCAGCUCAGCACCACUUGCUAUGGCAACCUGCAAUAUUCCUUUUACUCCAUGGGCCCAAGACAUGUCCUUUACUUGGUGUCCUUUCCCUACUGAUCCUAAUGGCUUAGAAUUUCCUGUACCAUUGUUAAUAUAAUUUUAAACUACAUUUCAGACUUUGAAUUGUCUUUCUCUUAUGGUGCAGGAAAGCAUCCCCAGAACCUCAUUCAUACUGGGAAAGUGAUCUACCAUGGAGAGACAGUUCAAACCCCUCCACAUAAAUCUCAGUAGAAUUCAACCUGGUCUAUAGAGUGAGUUCCAGGCCAGCCAGGGCUACACAGAGAAACCCUGUCUCACAAAACCAAACCAAAGCAAACAAAGACCUCAGUAGAAUCACCACAGCAUCAGAGAGUGAUGGAACAGAAAGCCCACUGCAGAGACUUUAAUGCCCAAAGGUACACUAUUAGCAUUAGUGGCCGAACUUUAUUCUGGCUUCCAAAUCCAUGUUCCUGCUACAUACUAUAUAGAGUAGAGUAAAUUUCUCCAUAAUAAUCCAGCAUGUGUGAAAUGUUCACAUGGGAAAAAUAGCAUACACACCUUCUCUUUGAGUACCCUUCUACGCCUCAAUUCUUUAUUUUCCCUCAUUUGAUUCUUUAGAAUUUCUGGAAUUGUAUCUAUGCUAUGUUAGCCAACUAUGCACAGCCUGCUGACUGACCAAAUCUGACCCACCACCUGUUUUUGUAGAUAAAGGCUUAUUGAAACACAGACACACUCAUUUGUCUACACACUGUCUAUAGUUGCUCAACCAUGGUAGGCCUGAUUUGUGACACAGACCAGGGAUUUACAAAGCUAAAAAUAUCUUUAGUUUAACCCACUCUGGGUAGCAAUGUUGCAGACUUUGCCCUAGCCAAUCACAGUUUGAGAUUUACUUAAGAGGACUAUGUUUGGCUAUUAUUGAGGCAACUCAUUAGGACUGGAUAGCAAUGAAAUGGCAGGAAAACAUUAAACCGCAAACAAGGUGAGCGAGACAAAAACAAUUAUUAGCAAAUUAGAUUAUUUCUACAUUCACACCUGCAUCCUCAAGGUGUUAUGGUAUUUACCUCAUUGCCACUGUCCUAAUUUUAGGGAUACUAAAAUGAUAAGAUGUUCUUUUGAGACGACCUCGGGAUGUACUAUGCGCUUACUGCUUUGUUCUCAGAGCUGAAUAACUUUCUACUUAAAAUGUGACACGGCAUUAGAGAGGUAGCUCAGUAGUGGGACCCUUGUCCAGCAUGUACAAGGCACACCCACAUGCACAUGCACACGCACACUUGCACACACACACAUGCAGAUUUAUGCACACACAAAUAAAUAUAAAACAAAACAGGUGAAGUGCCCAUUGAGAGUAAAUGCAGUGGUUUAAGUUCCUCUCAGCAAGUUCACUGAGGCAUGAGCCCAUUGAUUACCUGCAGCUGAAGAGCUGACCAGUACCAUGGUCUCAGCUAACUCCCUUCUUCCAGUUAGCUUUUACCCAGAAACCUAACUUUAGACUUUGGCCAGAAGUCACUCGGGUUCAAAGGGCGUGUCCAUGUUGAUAGGAAAUGCUGUACAAGAUGUAACACAUGGCUUACGGGAAGCAGUGUGGGCCAGAGAAUGAUUCAAAUCUUUGUUUCUUUUCUGCCUCUGCCUCUGAUCUACUUACUUGAGGCUCUGUCUAUUGCUCCCGUACAUUGGAGGCCUCCAUCUGAUAUAUGGUCGUUUAUUCUAGUUUGCUUUCUAUCCCUGUGAUGAAACACUGAUAAAAAGCCCACUAGGGAAGACAGGGUUUAUAUUCCAUCAUGACUGGAGCUUGAGGCAGGAGAUAAGGCAGAGGUGUUGGAGGAAUGGCAUUUAUUCUCCAUAACUCUCUUAGUUUACUUUCCAAUACAACCCAGGACCACCUGCUCAGGGCUGGCACUGCCACAAUCAUCUACCCCCCCCAAACACACACAUCAAUCAUCAGUCCAGACCAUGCAGCACAGACAUGCCCACAAGCCAGUCUAAUUGAGGUGAUCCCUAAACUGAGGUUCCCUCUUCCCACGUGACUCUAGCUGUGCCAAGUUGAUUUAAAAAAAAACAAAACAAAACAAAAAACUAACCGUCACGUCAUCAUAGACCCUGAGGAGAAGCGAUACUAAAGAAUAAAGCCUGGAGCCCCCAACUUCUCUCUGGCAAGGCAGACAUUAAACAGACAGCUCUAUGCUAGAGCUUGUCACAUGGAUACUCAACCUUUUUGGUAGACAGGUGGGGGAAACAUUCUCAGUAAAAUACAGUAAGUUGUAUUUGUUUGCACCUCAUCCACUGAAGCAUUAUCUGUCCUGCAAAUAUGUUUUAUCAGGGUCUCAAUAAUUCUAAAUGCAUAGACAAAGAAGCAUGGUUGUAUGAUAAAACUAGAGAGAUUAUACAACAGCCCUGCUUCUGGACAGAGGAGCUACUGGGGAUUGUCGCGUGGGAAUCGACAUUCACUAGAUGCUGUACAAAUUAAAUGAGGUUUAUGUGGAGAGAUUGCUCUUACACAAGAGGCUGCCACAGAAUCCAGUUCCAAGGAUCCUCCCAGGUUGUCUCCCAUGACCCAGCCAGCAGCAGGAGAGCCUGAGUCUGUCCAACCCAGUCUAAAUCCCCCAAGGCCACAGGUGCGUAGUUAGAUCUCUCCCUACAGGGGUAUUUCAAGAACAUCUGCUAUGAGCCUAAUGUGAUAGCUCAGUGAGUAAAAGUGCUUACUGGGCAAAUGUAACAACGGGGGUUAGAUCCUAGGACUCCACAGUGGAAGGAGAGAACUGAUUUCUGGAAGUUGUCCUCUGACCUACACACACUCACACACAAAGAACUCACAAAUAAUAAAUGGAAUGUAAUAUUUAAAUCUA